UCUGCAGGAAGGGGCUGGCUCCUUGUCCCUGCCAAGCCAGCAUCCAGAAUAGGAGUGUCUGCAGAGGAGUGUCUGCAGCAGGGGCCAUCUGGCUGCAAAGAAACAAAACUUCUGACAAGAUUGUUGUGUUUUAAAGAAGGAUCCUGAAGGUGUCGCUUGUCAGGAACAAAGAAGUCUUGGAUAGUAUCUGCGCUUCUCCAGGUAACUAAAAGAAUGUAGCUCCCAAUAAAUAAAUGGAAGACUGCAUAAGAAGAUGUCCAGCAAUGAAAUGCAAUUUGGCCUUCUCUGAUGGAUUAAACUUGAUGGAACGGAAGUGCAGCCAUUUGAUCAGGAGGAGGUGAUGUCUUACUCUAGGCCUGCUAAAACUGACAAGCCACUUGAGACUUCAGAGGAGAUAAAAGAAGAAAUAGAAGGGGAGAUCCAUUGUUGUUUUCUGGAAACAGCUCCAAGACCUUCAUUUAUGUCUCACUUGACAUACAGUGAAACAUCCUUGGAACUUACCAAAGUUACUGUCCAGCUGUAUGUUGAUGGAGAGCCUGAGGAAAACCAGCUGGAUGGAGAAUUAUUAUAUUCCUCAAAUUACAAAGCCACAGACAAUCCAGCCCAGCCCCCUUCCCAGUUUCUUCCUAGACCAAACUCUGACAAGAAACCGGGCAGAGCUCCUGAAACCAUUCAAUUAAAACACAGGUUAAAUGCUUGCACAUGUUCACAUUUAAGAUCUUCACAGCACAGGAUUAACUCCAAACUUCAGAUUGGUGAGGUGACAAACAUAGAAGCUUCUUUGUCAGAAGAUCAAGAGGAGGAGGAGGACAAAGAUGUUUUCAAGGAACUACCAAUGUGCGGGACAGCUUUGGAGAGCCUGCACAAAACAUGCACUUCUCAGACAAAACGAAACAGAGAUGGUCACAUCAGUAAUAGAGGUGUCUUCACAGUCAUUGCUGGCAACAAUCCCAAAGAGAAGGAACUGAAAGAGCGCAAAAUGCAUCGGCGGAUGCUGUCUCAGGAGUUGAACAGAGAAAAAGCAGGUAGGUCUGCCAUUGUUAUUAUAUAUAGUUCACAUAUCACACUAAACUAUAGUCAAUUAUUUUCUUUUUCCACCAUCUGCUGCAAGACUUGA